AUGUCGCUAGAAAAGCACCUGGACGCUGUGAGUACAGCCUGCGGCGUGGACUCGGUGGCUGUGAGGGUGUUGUUGGAUUAUUUUCGGCCGGCGUUGCCUCUGGACCCGAGUGGCCUCCUGCUGGGAACCUGCCCUCCAUCCAGCAGCAGCGCCGGUAAUAACAUGGUGGUGUUCCAGUACGGCCUGCUGGACUGCCGCUUUACGCGCAUGGUUACUGCCAACGUUACCAGUUACAUGAAUGUGCUGACCUACAAGCCCACCCAGGGUGGCUUCUACCAGACUCCCUUCAAUCAGUCUAUUGUGUGCACCUAUACAAGACCUGCUGGCUGGACUCCUCCAGUGUAUAACCCUGCACUUGGGGAUGCCGCUGGGUUUGGGAAGCUGGAGUUUACCAUGGGGAUUAUGAAUGAUGACUUCUCAGCCCCACGCACCUCCAGUCUAUUCUUCCUGGGGUCCCCCAUCAACAUUGCAGCUGCAGUGAAGCAGCAAUUCCACAUGCCACUGAUGAUCUACAUGGAAGAGUGUGUCGCAGCAAGCACUCCAGAGCUGAGCCCUUCAAGCCAGACCUACCCGCUCAUCACCAACCAUGGAUGCUUUAUAGACGGCCAGGCUGGUAACUCUACGUUUCUGCCCCGAAUCCAGACCUCCGAGAUCCGUCUGGUUGUCCAGGCCUUCAAGUUUACACAAUGGAAUACAGAUGUCUACAUCCAUUGCCGGUUACUGGCCUGGGACCCUGCCCAGCUCAAUGACACCACCAAGAAAGCCUGUUCAUUCAACCAGAGAACCAGGAGGUGGGAGCUCCUGGAUAACCCUGGUCAGAGCUUUCCGUGCAGCUGCUGUACCUCCAAAUGCUAUCUGAGGAAGAGGAGGGACACGGGCUCCCUUGCAGCUGAGGAGGGGCUGAGACACACUGCAGUGCUGGGACCCCUGAGGAUCCUUCCUGAAGAGCUGUCUGCUGGAAGCCAGGAAUUCUACCAGAGGAGCCCUGCUCCCUCACUGGAGGAGCCCCAGCAGGCUCUGGCCUGGCUGCCUGUCCUGGCUGCUCCCCUGCUCCUUAUGGCUCUCCUGGGAUCCCUGUCUGUGGGUGUGGCAUCAUCCUGGACUUGGAGCAGAGUCCAGCAGUGAGCUCCUCGUUCCUACCCCCACUAAUAAAAUGCACAAUGCAGUCUGCAUGGUUUCCAGCUUGCUAGA